CCGGAGCCGGGGGACUGGGGCCAGCCUGAGGCGGGGUGGGGAGAAGGCCGCGCCGCUCCGGAGCGGAGAGGCGGCUGCAGGGCUUACUUUGGGACUCAGCGAUAAGUGAGGAUGACAGGGCCCCUGCCCCUUGUCCUGCCUGGAUGUCUGCAGGAUUGGCCAGAGGAGGAGUCUCACAGACACCCAAAGCCCCCAGGGAAGAGAGGAAAAGCUACAGCCCCGUGAAGCGUCGGCGGAAGGCACGAAGGCUGAGCGUGGCCUACGAGGCCUCAGAAGGUGAGGGAGGCGAGGGGGCUGAGCGUCUCCAGGCACCAUCCUGGCAGCCUCAGGACUGGCGGCAGCAGCUGGACAACAUCCGGACCAUGAGGAGCGCGAAGGACGCGCCCGUGGACCAGCUGGGGGCUGAGCACUGCUUUGACCCCAGCGCAUCCCCUAAGGUGCGGAGGUACCAGGUGCUGCUGUCCCUGAUGCUCUCCAGCCAGACCAAGGACCAGGUGACAGCAGGUGCCAUGCAGCGGCUACGGGCCCGGGGCCUGACGGUGGACAGCAUCCUGCAGACGGACGACAGCACUCUGGGCGCGCUCAUCUAUCCCGUGGGCUUCUGGAGGGGCUCACGCCCUGCAAUCUUUCAGAGCAAGGUGAAGUACAUCAAGCAGACCAGUGCAAUCCUGCAGCAGCGUUACGAUGGGGACAUCCCAGCCUCCGUGGCAGAGCUGGUGGCGCUGCCUGGCGUCGGGCCCAAGAUGGCACACUUGGCCAUGGCGGUGGCCUGGGGCACAGUGUCAGGCAUUGCAGUGGACACACAUGUGCACAGAAUCGCCAACCGACUCAGGUGGACCAAGAAGGCAACCAAGUCCCCAGAGGAAACCCGAAGGGCUCUGGAGGAGUGGCUGCCCAGGGAACUGUGGAGCGAAAUCAACGGCCUGCUGGUGGGCUUCGGCCAGCAGACUUGCCUGCCUGUCCACCCACGCUGCCAGGCCUGCCUCAACCGGGCCCUGUGCCCAGCUGCACAGGGACUCUGAGGGCCUGGGGCCUCUGCCCGGCGCCACUCUGGCCACUGUCUGUCUGUGCCUUUGCUGGGGAGCUGUAGCCUGUUUAUAAUAAAGCUUGGGGGUUGUUUGUA